UUGGACACGGGUUCACUAACCUUAAGUGCACAACGGGCAAAGGUAGCUGUCUGGGGUUAUUAACGCCGCACGCAUCCAUGGCCCUUUAGCAGCUAAACGUGCUUUAGAGAGCUUUGGAAACAAUAAUGGCAAGGGUUUUGGUGGCUGUCAUCUGCGUGUUGUCCUUGUCACUGGUCCUUGGGCGGGAGCUGAUGGGCCUUUAUGGCAGACUGACGUCACCCGGCUUCCCCCACACCUACCCAGAUCACCAGCACGUGCGGUGGAACAUCACUGUCCCCGAGGGCCAUCGGGUCCGCCUGUAUUUCACACACUUUAGCUUGGAGCACUCUGAAUUGUGCGAGUAUGACUAUGUGCAGGUGCUCUCAGGAAGCAAUGAGACGCUGAGGUUCUGUGGCCAGACGGAGAAGGACCAUGAGGAAACGCCUGGCGGCGCGGUGCUGUACUCCGCCGGAAACGCCAUGUCUGUUGUCUUCAGAAGCGACUAUUCCAACGAGGGCCGCUUUACCGGCUUCCAGGCAUUUUACGCGGCAGAAGACAUUGACGAGUGCCGGAGCGGCUUGGACGGGGAUCCAGCUUGUGCCCAUUAUUGCCACAAUUACGUGGGUGGCCAUUACUGCACUUGUCGCUCGGGGUAUUUGCUUCAUUCCGACAAAAGAGCCUGCACCGUGCCAUGCAGUGGGCAGGUUCUGACCCGCAGAUCUGGAGUUCUGACCAGUCCUGGCUACCCAGAGCCAUAUCCUGGGAUGAGCCAGUGCCACUUCCAGAUCCAGUUAGAGGAGGGGUUCCGGCUGGUGCUGGAGUUCCUGGAGCCCUUCGACGUGGAGGCCCACCCGAACGUCUCCUGCCCAUACGACGUCCUAAAGAUCCAUACUGAGAUGCGCGAGUACGGCCCAUUCUGCGGGAGCACCCCCCCAGCGAGAAUAAAGACAGGAACUCAUCAGGUACACGUGCUCUUCAAGGCUGAUGCCACUGGCAAGAACAAGGGAUGGAAGAUCAGGUACACCAGCACAGCCACACCCUGCCCUCACCCUGUUCCACCCCCCCACGGACGCAUCCAGCCUUGGCAGGCUUUGUACAUGUUCACAGACAGUAUCAACGUGACGUGCAAACGAGGAUACAAAUUGUUCCAGGGGACAAAAAAUCUGACAUCUUACCAAGCCGUGUGUCAGAGUGAUGGGACCUGGAGCAGCUCGAUGCCUGAAUGUCACCUCGUUGAUUGUGGACAACCAGAGGGGAUCCCACUUGGACAGGUUUCUGUAACCACAACCACCUAUCAGUCAUCAGUCCAGUACACCUGCGCACCUUCCUUUAACUUGAGAGGCAGCCAGAAUGGAACUUACUUCUGUGCACAGGAUGGCUACUGGAGGAACAGCCUGGGCAGCCGGGAGCUACCAGAGUGUAGGCCCUGUCCAUGACCUCGCGUCACUGUCACAUUUUAGCCGUCUUUCUGAAAUGUCAUAUCUAUUAAUUAAUAUUUUCUACUGAAACCUGGACAGAGAAAUGGGCAGGUCAAGUAUGUCUUCUGAUCUUCAGCGUCAGAUCCCAGAAGCUACACGCAUGAUAAACACAUGGCACCUGCUUCCCACUACUGCCUCCCCCUGACUCGCUCAUCCUAGAUUAAUUGUUUCUGACUCUUUAUUAGUGUCUGUAGCCACACCUGUCCCCGGCAGGGCACACGCACACCUGUCCCCGGCAGGGCAGGGCACACGCACACCUGUCCCCGGCAGGGCAGGGCACACGCACACCUGUCCCCGGCAGGGCAGGGCACACGCACGCCUCUGGUUGGCCUGACAGCCAUAACUUGCAGCAAGUUGACAGUGGGCAUUGUUUUGCUGUGCAGAUGGAGGGGCUGCAGGGAACAUGAAAUGUGGAACAGUGGGGUCUCCUGCACUAUUUCUAGAGCCACUGAUGCCUAGGGGAGGGGCGGCAGCUAGUCUACGGCAGUAACGGGCGUCAAUACCAUGUUCCUCUGGGAGCGUGAGCAGGUAGAGUAAUUCAGUAACUAAGAGUAACCAUGUUGUCCUCGGCUGGCGUUUUAUUUGUGGAGCAACACAAACAUACUGUGAACGGCUCGUGGCUAACAAAUAUCCCGUGGUGUGUAGCUCAGUGGUUUAGGGACCUGUGCGUGUGUCCAGAAGGUUGUGUGUUCAAACCUUGUAGCCAGCGGAAUGAUUGUAUUGCUGUUGGGCCCUUGGGCAAGAUGCUUAAUCUCAAAAUGUCAGCUAAAUGACUAAGUGUGUUGUUUUUGUGGACAAGAACUACUACAUCUGUGUUAAAUAGUUCACUGGGCCUCAUUGAGAAACUGGUGUUUGGAAACAAUACAUUUGUCUUUCAAUGGUAUUAAGCACCAGUGAAGAUCACUGGUUAGACUCGGAUUGACAUCAGCCAGUAUCAAUUAGUCUUUCACAUUACGUGUCCUGACCUCGGACUGCAGCUUUUCUUCUGAGUUCGGCCCCGAUGAUUUCCGAAAUGAUCACCCCGCUAAACUGCAUGGAGUUCUGGCCAGCGGUACAUCAGCCCUCUCAGGCACCGUUAGAGACUCUUCUCACCCAGUUAUAUGAUCCUAAAGUUGAGCAAAGUAACUACAGCCAUAGUAAAUGAGAGCUGCCAAGCUCUCUUACACUGGAUUGACUUAUGUACACAGUUGACAUUUGAACACAAAAACACUGGGGAAAAAAAAACUACAUCCUAAUCAAUCUUGCAUGAAAAGUUAUUUUCUCCUUGUCAGAAUGUUCGAUAAUGUAUUAUUUAAUUAGUGAUACUAGUCUGCUUUUUUGGAACAUGGGUGUACUUGGUAGGCAUAAAUCCAUUUACUUGUAAAACCUUUUUAAAGAAAAGUCAGUCUGCGUAUCUACACAAAACUAAACUUCAUAUACAAGCAUAAAUGUACUGAUUGAACACAAAAUACAUUGUAUAUAAUAUUUUUCUGUUAAUAGGCAUCUCACCUUCACUCAUGUACAAAUAAAUUUGCAAAUAAAUCAGCUGAAAUCUA